AUGUCAAGCCACUCCCCAUCGUCUGAGACAUCAGAACGAUCUCACACCCCAGCAUCUGCUGCCGCCGUGGAACGAUCCUGUGCGACAUGUCGUCGGCGCAAAGUCCGAUGUGAUAAGAAAUGCCCUUGCACGCCUUGCUCCCGCGGCGGACAUGCAUGUUCCUAUCCGCCCAAGGAACCGAGGGCGCCUCGCGUGCGGAAAGCGACUAUCAAUGAUGUCGCGACGAGGAUAUCCAAGCUGGAGCAGACGCUAACUUCUAUCCCCGUUCGUGAGGCGCCAGCACACCCACAUGGCCACCUAUUCAAGGAGUCGCCAAGAUCGCCAAGAACUGUUAUUUAUGGUCCACACGCGGCGCCGUUGAGUACCUCGCCCGCUACCGUUGUUGGGCAGGGGACCGGGACGGCGCCGGCCUCGGUGGGCAGUCCACAUCCCGGAGGGGAGAUAUUGCUGGAGAAGGGGUCGUCGACGCAGUACUUUAACGAGGUUCUUGUGUCGCGUGUCAUUGGGCAGGAGAGCGAUGUUCGUACCGCGCUUGCUACACCAAGAACAGAUGGCAUGUCGCAAACACAAAUCACAUCGCCUUUCAACCCAAUGGGGAUACUAUCGGCGCCGAUAUCAUCGCAGCCGGCGUACAGUUUCCAUCCUUCAAAGUAUACCGCAGUCCAGCUCUGGAGGAUAUUCGUCGACAAUGUCGAUCCGCUCUUCAAAAUCCUUCACAUUCCCACUUCUGAAGUCACUGUGUAUACCGUGAUUAACAACCCGGGAAUUGCUGAGGCUGAGGCACUGGCAUUAUGCUACUCCAUUUACUAUGCCGCCACCGUUGCCCUCGAUGAGAGGGAAGACUGUCCCCAGCUUCUAGGUGAGGGCUGGAUGAGUGCCCUGUAUAGAUACAAGGCGGGACUUGAGCAGACUUUUGCCCAGGCAGAUCUGUUGGAGAAUCCCACUGUUGUAAUGCUACAAGCCAUGGCAAUCUACCUUAGCGCUGUCCGCGUCCACAACACAGGGAGGGCAGUCUGGACGGUAAACGGUCUAGGCAUCCGGAUAGCCCAAUCCAUCGGCCUCCACCGCGACGGCAAAAAGCUCGGCCUCUCACCAUUCGAGUCCGAAAUCCGCCGCCGCCUAUGGUGGUACUUGCUGGGCCGUGACGGUCGCGCCGCCGAAGAUCUCGGCCUACACGACUUUCCCAAGCCAAACGUCAUGAUUUUUGGUGGCACCGAGCUCCCACUGAACGUCGAAGACAGUGACCUAGAUCCAAAUAUGAAAGAACUGCCACCUCCUCGACAAGGGUGGACGCGCAUCCUCUCCGUUCUCGUCAACAUUCACAUCUGCCAAACAUGGCAAGACCUGCUCCAACUAUCAUGGUCGUCUCAUUCAACACCGCCGCCUUACGAGGCGCGAGAUCGCAUUGUCGAAAAGUUGGUCGAAACCAGCGAAGAACUCAUCAGGGGGUGUAACCCCGUUAUACCGAUGCACAAACUGUCAGUCGUAACAUGUCGCUUCAUCGUCAAGAAAUUAGACUUUGUCACUCGCCAGCAGUGGGAGGCCCACCACCACCCAGAGCAGCAGGAACUCUUGGCGACCGAGGAAACGCUCCUCGAGGCCCUUGGCUUGUUCGAAGAGGGGGAGAGCAUGCUGGAGGAUGAGCUGAUGCGUCCGUAUCUCUGGGCGAUGCGAUCGUAUCCACAGUACCACCUAAUGCUCUUCAUCUUGUGGAACAUUUGUCUGCAGCCGAGGAGGUCGUGCGCCCUUCGUGCGUUCAAGUCAGUGGAAGCGUACGUCAAGACCAUGGAGAGGACCGGCACCGCUGUUCUACGGGGACCCAAGUGGACCAUAUUCAAGGCGCUGAUGGCUCGUGCUGCGACGUUGAUACCGAGUGAUGCUCAGGGCGAAGGCAGCCGUGAAAAUCAAAUCCCCGUGAGGACUGUGCCCGCGGAUGCCAAGGGUGACCAGGGUCCUGGCUCGGGCAUGAUGCUCGGAUCGACGACUCGGAAGUUUGUUGAGAUGAGCGAUGCGGGGAUGCUUGAGGAGAUGCAGUAUGUGCCAGACUGGAGCACUUUGUUGCAGGGGUUUUUGCAAGAGUCGCCAAACUUUUCGGCCAUGAUGUAA